UCCUUCUCCCUCAAAACUUAUGCUCUCUCUCUCUAAACUAUAACUUAUGUUUGCACUUAUAAUUAUCACGGCUGGAAUGGCACUGACUUGAGCUUCGCAGUGCCCUCGGGGCGAUCCCCCCGGGCCCUUUAACGAGAUUUACCUAUGGUCGCAGCUCAAGACUCGAUGUCCCGUAAGAAGAACCGUCAUCACGACGACGAGAGGAUGAAUCUGAACUGGAUCUCGACGACUUCAAGAAGGCUGCACAUUCAUCUCAUCUGCAUUAAAUUUCUUAGCUGCUACAAUCAUUCAUUAAUCAAUCGUUGGCGGAUCAUUGACGAGAUGGUUCGAAAUAGGAUUAAUUCAAACAUCAAUGUUUUGGACGAAUUUGAGAAGUUUUCCGAUGAGGACGGGAAGGCUAAGGCAAGAUGCAAGCAUUGCUCGACGGUUGUCAAUGCGGACAAGGAAAAAAUCGGAAACGUGGCAAUGAUAAGGCAUCUCGAAAGAUGUGAGAAAUACUGAUGAUUAGCGAACGAUGGUGGUCCGGUGGAUGAAUAUUAAAAAUAAUUUGAAGUUGAAGGCUUUAUGUUUUCUUUGAUCACUGUACUUGUGUUUUAUUUAAUUGAAUUUGUUUGAAGAUUUUGGACGUAUUUUUUAAAUUUUGCUCACCAAAUCAUUUGGUUCAUGACUA